CAUAGACAUCGCAUUGAACAUCGCAUAAAAUGAAUUAUAAAUAUAGAAACGUAGCUUAUGUGUUUUUGUUGAUCUGUGUAGGCAUUUUGCCAUCCUACUGUCUACGUUCACAGAUACACCUCCAGAAUGUUGGAUUUGUGUCUACUCCUUGUAUUAACACUGGGCAAGAACGUCAAUUCAUAGUUAACAAUGACCCAUAUGGAGAUAUGGUAAUGGACGAUGCAAAUAAUGGCAUGGAUGAAAUGCCAAGUUACAUGAAUGACGAUGUACCGAGAAACUCAGAGCAGACAAGCCCAUCGGUGAAUACAGUCACAAUAUGCGGUCAUAUAGGAUUCAUUGAUCAACCUGUGACCAUCGCGGAAGGAUACAAGGCUCUAAGGCUCGCAGUUGCGACGAAUGAGCGUGGACGCAUGGGUACCACCAAAACCCAAUGGCACAAAGUAGUUGUGUACGGUCAAGGAAAUGUUGACUACAUACACAAUAAAGCCCGUGUCGGCGAUAGAGCACUGGUUAUAGGGAGCUUAUCGUACUAUACGCCUCAAUCUACCGACGGUUCAACAUACAAAGCAAAGAUAGCAGAAGUAUCUGUCAAACUCAGAGGAGCGGGACACAGUAUCAUCCUUAUGCCGCGAGCCAAAUAUCAAGAUGAAGAUUACCCAUUAACAGGCAUAGGAGAUGAGUCAUAUAGUUACGGUCAAACAUAAGAAACAUUGAACACAAGUGCAUUAAUUCGUAUAUU